AUGGACUCCCCUCCAGGAGGCUUCCUGUCAGCACCAGGGGACCUGCGUGUGUCUGCUGCAGACUCUGCCUUGGGCUCGGCCUUGGCCCCCACACACAUCACCUCCCCAGGGCUGCCGUCCCUGGGGGUCGGGAUAGAAACACAGCUGAAUCACUUGCUGCAGCCGCUCGUCCCUGACGACAGCCUCAUCUCCAAGUCUCGCCACCUGCUGAUGCUUUUGACUGAGCAGCGGGAGGCCACGGUGUCCCAGGCCCAGUGGGAGCAGCAGCAGCUGUAUUCUGACCCCAUGGUCAUGGAGGGGACAAAAGCCUAUGGCAAGCACAGAAGAGCCAGAGUGGAAGAUCCAGAGCCCGGGUGGAACCCCAGCAAAGAGGCCAAGCCUGCAGAAUCAGCCAGUUAUAGGGAGAGUGAUGAUGAGCUAGUGGAGCUCCAAAACCUUGGAAUUAAUCUAGCAAACAUUGGAUUCAGCACUCUGACCAUGGAAUCUGACAAGUUCAUUUGUGUUUGAGAGAAAAUCGGAGAGCAGUCACAGGUGGUAAUUAUUGACAUGAGCAACCCAGUGGCACCCAUCAGACGUCCUAUCUCUGCAGAGAGUACCAUCAUGAACCCAGCCUCUAAGGUGAUAGCUCUAAAAGCUGAGAAGACACUUCAAAUCUUUAAUAUUGAGAUGAAGAGUAAAAUGAAGGCUUAUACUAUGGCAGAAGAGGUGAUUUUCUGGAAGUGGAUCUCUGUGGACAUUGUUGCCUUGGUGACGGAUACCACAGGCUACCACUGGAGCAUGGAAGGUGACUCCCAGCCCAUAAAGAUGUUUGAUAGACAUGCCAGUCUGGCUGGUUAUCAGAUGAUCCACUACCGAACUGAUGCGUACCAGAAGUGGCUGCUUCUAAUUGGCAUCUCUGCUCAGCAAAACCAUGUGGUUGGGGCAAUGCAGCUCUACUCUGUGGAGAGGAAAGUCUCAUAGCCCAUAGAGGGCCAUGCUGCUGCUUUUGCAGAGUUCAAGAUCGAGGGGAAUCAUCAGCCGUCCACCCUUUUCUGCUUUGCUGUCCGCAGUCCUACAGGAGGCAAGAUUGAAGUUAAACUUGGUGUUAUCUACUUGAUCACAAAGUAUGGCUACCUUCAUAUAUAUGACCUAGAGUCUGGCAUGUGCAUCUACAUGAACCGUAUCAGUGCUGACACAAUCUUUGUAUCUGCUCCCCAUGAACCUACCUCUGGGAUUAUUGUUGUCAACAAAAAAGAACAGGUGCUGUCAGUUUGUGUUGAAGAAGAGAAUAUUGUGAACUAUGCAACCAGUGUGCUUCAGAAUCUAGACCUGGGUUUGCGCUUGGCUGUUUGUGGUAACCUGCCUGGGGCAGAGGAAUUGUUUGUGAGGAAAUUCAGUACUCUGUUUGCACAGGGCAGCUAUGCUGAAGCUGCUAAAGCAGCAGCAUCUGCACCAAAGGGAAUUCUGCGUACCAGUGACACGAUCCAGCAGUUCCAGAGUAUACCUGCCCAAUCAGGCCAAGCCUCUCCUUUGAUCCUGUACUUUGGAAUCCUGCUUGACCAGGGUCAGCUUAAUAAACUUGAAUUCUUAGAGCUUUGCCGGCCUGUUCUUCAGCAGGGACGAAAGCAACUCUUAGAAAAAUGGUUGAAAGAAGAUAAGCUGCAGUGUUCAGAGGAGCUGGGAGAUUUGGUCAAAACUUCUGACCCUACACUCGCUCUGAGUGUGUACCUUCGAGCAGAUGUGCCAAGCAAAGUUAUCCAGUGUUUUGCAGAAACUGGCCAAUUCCAGAAAAUUGUGCUCUAUGCCACAAAGGUUGGUUAUACCCCAGACUGGAUAUUUUUGCUGAGAAGUGUGAUGAGGAUCAGUCCCAAACAGGGUCUGCAGUUUUCCCAAAUGCUGGUGCAGGAUGAGGAACCAUUGGCCAGCAUAAAUCAGAUUGUGGACAUUUUCAUGGAAAACAGUUUAAUUCAGCAAUGUACUUCCUUCUUGUUGGAUGUCUUGAAGAAUAAUCACCCAGCUGAGGGGCAUCUCCAGACUCGGCUGUUAGAGAUGAAUCUGAUCCAUGCACCCCAGGUUGCAGAUGCCAUCUUUGGAAAUCAGAUGUUUACACAUUAUGAUCAGGCCCACAUUGCCCAGCUCUGUGAGAAGGCGGGUCUCCUACAGCGGGCAUUGGAGCACUACCCUGACCUCUAUGACAUCAAGAGGGCUAUGGUCCAUACUCACCUCCUCAAUCCUGAGUGGCUUGUCAACUUCUUUGGCUCCUUGUCAGUGGAGGACUCUCUGGAAUGUUUGCGUGCCGUGCUGUCUGCUAACAUCAGACAGAAUCUUCAGCUGUGUGUGUAAGUGGCCUCCAAGUACCAUGAGCAGCUGGGCACAGGGUCCCUAGUGGAGCUCUUUGAAUCUUUCAAGAGUUAUGAAGGCCUCUUCUACUUCCUGGGCUCAAUUGUGAACUUCAGCCAAGACCCAGAUGUGCAUCUGAAGUACAUUCAGGCUGCCUACAAGAUAGGACAAAUCAAAGAGGUGGAGGGGAUAUGUCGUGAGAGCAGCUGCUAUAUCCCAGAACGGGUGAAGAACUUCCUGAAGGAGGUCAAGCUCACAGACCAGCUGCCCCUCAUCAUUGUGUGUGAUCGCUUUAACUUUGUCCAUGGUCUUGUCCUCUAUUUAUACUGCAACAACCUGCAAAAGUACAUUGAGAUUUAUGUUCAGAAGGUUAACCCUAGCCGGCUCCCAGCUGUGGUUGGAGGGCUGCUUGACGUGGAUUGUCCUGAAGAAGUAAUUAAAAGCCUAAUCAUUAUGGUAAGAGGACAGUUCUCUACUGACGAGCUGGUGGCUGAAGUAGAAAAAAGAAACAGGCUGAAGUUGUUACUUCCCUGGUUGGAGUCCCGAAUUCAUGAAGGCUGUGAGGAGCCUGCCGCUCACAAUGCAUUGGCCAAAAUCUACAUCGAUAGCAACAACAGCCCUGAGCUCUUCUUGAGGGAGAACGUCUACUAUGACAGCAGCAUAGUGGGCCAGUACUGUGAGAAGCGGGACCCACAUCUGGCGUGUGUUACCUAUGAGCGGGGGAAGUGUGACCUUGAGCUCAUUAAGAUUUGCAAUGAGAACUCUCUGUUCAAAAGUGAGGCCCGCUACCUGGUACACAGGAAGGAUCCUGAGCUCUGGGCCUGUGUCCUUGAGGAGAUCAACCCAUCUAGGAGACAGCUGAUUGACCAGGUGGUGCAGACAUCAUUGUCAGAAACACAGGAUCCUGAAGAGGUCUCAGUCACUGUCAAGGCCUUUAUGAAAGCCAACCUGCCUAAUGAACUAAUUGAGCUGCUAGAGAAGAUUGUUCUGGAUAACUCUGCCUUCAGUGAGCACAGGAGAGGGAAUCUCCAAAAUCUGCUGAUCCUGACCGCCAUCAAGGCAGAUCACACAUGGGUCAUGGAGUACAUCAGUCGCCUGGACAACUAUGAUGCCCCUGACAUUGCAGGCAUCGCCAUCAGCAGUGCACUGUAUGAGGAGGCCUUUGCUAUCUUCCACAAGUUUGAUGUCAAUGCCUCAGCGAUCCAGGUCCUGAUGGAGCACAUUGGAAACCUAGACCAAGCGUAUGAGUUUGCUGAGAGAUGUAAUGAGCCUGCUGUGUGGAGUCAGCUGGCCCAAGCCCAACUCAAAAAGGACUUGGUGAAGGAAGCCAUCAACUCCUACAUCAGGGCAGAUGACCCUGUCUCUUACCUAGAGGUGGUUCAGGCAGCCAACAAGAGCAACAACUGGGAAGAUCUAGUGUAAUUCCUACAAAUGGCCCAGAAGAAGAACCAUGAGUCCUGUAUAGAAACUGAAUUUAUUUUUGCAUUGGCUAAAACUGCCCGUCUAUCUGAGCUAGAAGAUUGCAUUAAUGGCCCCAACAAUGCCAACAUCCAGCAGGUUGGAGACUGCUGUUAUGAAGAGGGCAUGUAUGAGGCUGCCAAGCUGCUGUAUAGCAGUGUUUCUAACUUUGCCCACCUGGCUUCCACCUUGGUCCACCUUGGUGAGUAUCAGGCAGCAAUGGACAGCAGCCACAAGGCCAACAGCACCUGGACCUGGAAGGAGGUAUCUUUUGCCUGCGUAGAUGGGCAGGAGUUCUGCCUUGCACAGCUGUGUGGCCUUCACAUUGUCAUUCAUGCAGAUGAGCUGGAGGAGCUGAUAAAUUAUUACCAGGAUCGUGGCUACUUUGAGGAGGUCAUCUCCCUCCUGGAGGCAGCCCUGGGCCUGGAACAGGCCCACAUGGGCAUGUUCAUGGAGCUGGUCAUCCUGUACUCCAAGUUCAAGCCGCAAAAGAUGCCAGAGCACCUGGAACUCUUCUGGUCUUGGGUCAACAUCCCAAAGGUUCAGAGGGCCGCAGAGCAGGUACACCUCUGGAUAGAGCUGGUGUUUCUCUAUGACAAACGUGAGGAGUACGAUAAUGCCAUCCUUACAAUGAUGAGUCACCCCACUGAGGCCUGGAAAGAAAAUCAGUUCAAAGAUAUCAUUGCCAAGGUGGCCAAUGUGGAGCUCUAUUACAAAGCCCUGCAGUUCUACUUGGAUUACAAGCCACUGCUCAUAAAUGACCUACUGCUGGUGCUGUCAUCUUGGCUAGACCACACCAGGACAGUCAGCUUCUUUUCAAAGCUGAGCCAGUUGCCUCUAGUGAAGCCUUACUUGCGGUCAGUCCAGAGCCACAACAAGAAGAGUGUGAAUGAGGCACUAAACCACCUGCUGACAGAGGAAGAAGAUUAUCAGGGCUUGAGGAGGGUAUCUGUUGAUGCCUAUGACAACUUCGACAACAUCAACCUGGCUCAGCAGCUGGAGAAGCACCAGCUGAUGGAAUUCAGGCGCAUUGCAGCCUAUCUGUAUAAAGGCAACAACCAGUGGACUCAGAGCGUGGAACUCUGCAAGAAGGACCAUCUCUACAAGGAUGCCAUGCAGCAUGCUGCAGAAUCACGUGAUCCUGAGCUUUCCAAGAAGUUACUCCAGUGGUUCCUGGAGAAAGGCAAACAUGAGUGCUUUGCAGCCUCUCUCUUCACCUACUAUGACCUGCUUCACCCAGAUGAGGUACUUGAGCUGGCCUGGAGACACAACCUCAUCGACUUUGCCAUGCCCUACUUCAUCCAGGUGAUGAGGGAGUACCUUAGCAAAGUUAACAAACUGGAUGCCUUAGAGAACCUUUGCAAGUAAGAGGAACAUGUUGGGGAUCCCACACUCCUCAUGUUUGGUAGGUGGCACCCUGAGGUGGGAAAGGCUAGAGAGAUUCACUCUCUGGCUGGUCUUCAGACAGAAAAAGGCUGGGUGUGGUGGCACAUGCCUGUGAUCCCAGUACUUGAGAGAUUGAGGCAGGAGGAUUGCUGAGAGUUCAAGGACAGCCUCGGUAACAUAGCGAGUUCAAGGUCAGCCUGAACUACACAGCAAGACUGGUUUAAAAAAAAAAGAUGGAGAUAGAGAUGGAAAUGGAUGGGUGGAGCAGAACCCCAGUGGCUCCCAGGUAUAGAGGUCAGUGUGUCCAGGAGCACAGGCAUCCCCAGCAUCCUCCAUGUUCUGAGAGCUUGUGCCUCCUGAUAGGGGUAGUUCCUGCCUGCCCUGCUUCUGUAUCUUGCCCUGACUGGCCCUGGGCAGCAUGGCUGUUGCUUGCUUUUGCUGGAAGGUCUUUGCACUUAAGAGCCUGCCUGGAAUGGCCUGCUGUGAAGCAGACUGGAGAGGCUGUUGAGUUCUGAGCACACACUGCAGGUCUAACACAGGCCUGAUGGGGUGGUAUGAGCAUGCAGCACAACUGGGCUUCAGUGUGUCCUACCCAGGGUUGGGCUACCCAUUUGCCAUUAAUGUCAGUCUGGUUUUUUUAGAUUUUUUUUUUUUUUUUUUGGUACCGGGGAUCGAACUCGGGUCUUUGCGCUUGCGUAGCAGGCGGCGAAACCACUGGGCUAAAUCCCCGGCCCUGGUUUUUUUAGAUUUUGAUGGGCAUGAAUGAGACUCAGCUGAUUGAGCUAAGUAAGUGUCCCAUUUGGGGACCAGCUUGUGCUCUGGCCAGCCCCACAGCAAUAUACCCACCCCACCCCCACCUUUCUCCCAGAUACCUACUCUCCCUGUGCCUCAGGCUGGUCCUAGCAACCCUGCUUCUUUGG